AUGCAAGAAUUUUAAUCAUUAAAAAAACUCAUCGAACAAAAAAAGUAAUCAUAAGCUAAUUCGAUAUCAAUUUAGGAGCAAAAGUAGAAAGUUGAAUAAGAAAGACUAAGGUUAUUGUAGGAGUAACGAGAAAGGGAAAGAGAAAAACAUGAAAAAUUAGUAAAGAAACUAAAAAUUUAAGAUGAAUAUUACAAAACAAAGGACAUCGAGAGAGUGAAAAUAAAGAGAUUGGACUAAUAAUGUAUAAACUCUGAACGUGAUAAAAUUUAAUAGGAUGAAAUCUAAAUUCCUUAGGAUCUUCCUCCGGUUGAAAAAAAGGAAGUUCAAAAAAGACUUAGAGAUUUGGGUGAACCUAUAACAUAUUUCGGAGAGAGUGAUUGGCAAAGAUAUAAGAGAUUGAUGCAAUUUGUUUAAGAAAAAAAGGACUACCACCAAAGGGAAUUAGAAAUCAAGAUUUUAGAAGGAGAAGACAAAGAGGAAAUCAAGGUCUUUCUAAAUAAGAUAAAGGAGAGAAAUCUAGAUCCAAAUACUGCACUUGUUCCUGUAUUCCAAUGUAAGGGAAAGGAAGAAAUUGAAUAAUAAUUAUUGGAUGGAGUAUCACUUUUGACAAGAUGCGAGGAUGUUUAUUUGUGGUGCAAUAAAAUGCUGAGAGAAUGGAACAUAAAAUUGGUGGAUAAAUUCAAUACAGAAACACAAAUAAGAAGUUUAGAAGGUUCUCAGGCAUUUAAUUCUUAUAAAUAGACACUCGAUUACAUAAAACCAUUAACAGAACAAUUAUAGAAGGCAAGGAUGGUGUAGUCAAUUAAUGAAGAAAUUUUGAAUGCAUUAUACCUUAUCAUAAGAUUUUGUGUAUAUAAGGAGUAUGUGAGAGCAUAUGAUAAAUAUUUGGAAUUGGCAAUUGGGAAUGCUCCAUGGCCUAUGGGUGUUACUAUGGUUGGUAUUCAUGAAAGGACUGGAAGGUCAAAGAUCUCGAGUUCACAAAUCGCUCACAUUUUAAAUGAUGAAACUCAGAGGAAAUACAUACAGGCAAUAAAGAGGCUGAUUACAGUUUCAUAAAAGACUUAUCCAAGCAAUGAUCGUAGCAAAAUGGUUGAUUUUAGAACAGAAUACGCUUGGUGA